AGAGCAGCAGGCAGGCCAGAGGGAGGAGCAGGAGACCAGAGGACAGGACGGGACAGGACAUCCGAGGCAGAGAGGAUAACAAGAUGACAGGCGGUAGAGGCCGAAAAAGACGAAGGGGGGAGGAGAGAAGAGGGAUGCUGCUUAGUUAGCUCUGAGAGAGAAAGAUGUGAAGAACUCAAGCUAUAGUCUGCCAUCCUACCACCCCUACAGUAACAGUUAUGACUACUCAGACCAGAGCAGGCAGAGUGAGCGCUCAGGCCUCUGUGGACUCUCCAACCUGGGAAACACCUGCUUCAUGAACUCUGCUGUGCAGUGUUUAAGCAAUAUCCCUCCACUGACGGAGUACUUCCUCAAAGACAAGUACACAGAUGAGCUGAACGAGGACAACCCGCUGGGAAUGAAAGGGGAGAUUGCCAGGGCCUACGCUGAGCUUAUCAAGCAGCUGUGGUCGGGCAAAUACAGCUAUGUCACCCCGAGGCCUUUCAAGACACAGGUGGGCCGAUUCGCCCCCCAGUUCUCAGGCUACCAGCAGCAGGACUCCCACGAGCUGUUGGCUUUUCUCUUGGACGGCCUUCAUGAGGACUUGAACCGCAUCAGGAAGAAGCCCUACAUCCAGCUCAAGGAUGCCAACGGCAGACCCGAUAAGGUUGUGGCGGAGGAAGCAUGGGAGAACCACAUCAAGCGAAAUGACUCCAUCAUCGUGGAUAUCUUCCACGGCCUUUUCAAGUCAACUCUGGUGUGUCCUGUGUGCUCCAAAGUCUCAGUGACUUUUGAUCCUUUCUGCUACUUGACCCUGCCCCUUCCCAUGAAGAAGGAGCGGACGCUGGAGGUCUAUCUAGUCAGACUGGACCCUCUGGCCAAACCCACACAAUACAAGCUGACUGUGCCAAAGGUGGGCUACAUCUCUGACCUGUGUACCUCCCUCUCCAGCCUGUCUGAGGUUCCUGCUGAGAAGAUGAUUGUAACUGACAUUUAUAACCACCGUUUCCACCGUAUCUUCGCCACCAACGAAAACCUCAGCAGCAUCAUGGAGAGGGACGAUAUCUACGUGUUUGAGGUGGCAGUGAACAGGGUGGAGGACACAGACCAUGUAGUGAUCCCUGUUCACCUGAGGGAGAAGUACAAACAGUCGGGCUACAACCACACCAGCACGCCGCUGUUCGGACAGCCCUUCCUCAUUGCUGUACCCAGAACCCUCAGUGAAGACAAACUCUACAACAUGCUGCUCCUGCGCAUCUGCCGGUUUGUGCGAUCGGCUGUAGAGGAGGAUGAGGAGGAAUGUGAAGAUACACAGCCGUCCAAACAACACACUGUCAAUGGUAACGCCACUAAUGGACUCCUGGAGGAGGGGUCACCAAGCGAGAUGGAGACCGACGAGCAAGACGACGAGUCCAGCCAGGAUCAGGAGCUGCCUUCCGAGAACGAUAACAGCCAAUCAGAGGACUCUGUCGGAGGGGACAACGAACUGGAGAACGGCGUAGUCGGCCCACAGAACUCCACCAAAGGCCAGCAGACGGCCGAGCACAACAGAAAGAGACUUUUUACAUUCCAGUUCAAUAACAUGGGCAAAACGGACUUUUCACUCAUCAAGGAGGACACCAGGCAGAUCCGCUUCGACGAGGGACACCUCAGACUCAGUGACCGCUCUUAUCUCUCUUUGGACUGGGAACCAGAGAUCAAGAAAAAGUACUUUGACGAGACCGUUGUUGAG